AUGAUCGAACUCGCCGGUCACAAACUACAGCUCAACAACAUCCAUUCUCCAGACAGCUUUGACACCCUACAGUUUACAGUCACAUUCCACCAGUUUCCACUAACAGCAGACUUCCACAUCGAAACUAUGUAUCAAGGCCACCGAAUCAUCGAACGUGUCCCUCGUGGCACUCCCAGUCCAGCAUCCCGUUCAGAACGCCGUUCAGACUCCCGUUCGGAAUACCGCACGGAAUACCGCUCAGAUUCCCGUUCAGAGUAUCGCCCAGAGCUCCGUUCAAAGUACCGUUCAGGAUUCCGUUCGGAACCCCGUUCAGAACCGUACUCCCAUGCAGUAGAUCGUUAUGAUGAGCCCCUUGAGAUCUACCUCCAGAUUGGAGUCCCAGACCAAUACGGUGAGUCUCACUGGAUGAUCACUAUGAAACAGCCAAACCGCCAACGCGCCAUGCGCUUGCAUAGUGUCGGUGAGGAGGGUGACUAUGAAUUGAGCAUGGAGAAAGACCAGGAAUUUAUCCCGUCUUGGGUCCGAACCACGCAUUAUCUCGGUGAAAUUCCCAAAGAAGGUAGCGCCAUUGUCCCGAUGGAGGCCGAGAAAAUUCCCCCACAGGUCAGCGACAUGUGGGCUUGUUACCUGAUUCGGAAGAUGGAAAAUUUGGGUCUGAUUGAAAGGGGGCAGUGUCGACGCUUUAUGACCGACUAUAGACACAACUUGGAUGGAGAUGAGGGCCCGCGCUUUAGGUGA